GGUAUUACAAAAGUCUUGAAAGCCCGCGAAUGUCAAACAUACGCUUAGGGGAUUUCCUCAAAGGCACAAAUGGAUCCCAGAAAAGACGAAACUGUCGGAAACAAAUUGAAGAAACUAUUCAGUACCAGAGACCGUCCUAAAGAAAAGCAUAAAGAUAAAUGUAGUAAAGAUUCGAGAAGUAGCGAGUCACCACCAUCAUCGGUUAAUAUGGGUAGUGUGAGUGACGAUGAAGUUGAACGGAGAUUUUUGCAAAUGUUGGAGGAUAUGAAUUUAUCGGAAGAUCAAACUAUAUCUUUGAGAGAAAAACCUAUAAAAACGAAGCUCGAAAUGCUUGAAACGUAUGGAAAAAAGCUUGGAUCUUCAAAAAAUGCUCCUGAUUAUUGUGCGAGGUUCUUGUUGGUCCCACAAAACUAUUCACCGAAGCAGCUGCUAAGCGCGUUGGAAAACCUACGUGUGAACUUAUUAAAUAAUGGUGUAAGUUGGGUUCGGGAAUUUAACAAUACAUCUAACAACGGUCUAAACAAUUUGUUGCACUUUUUGGCCCUUACUCUGACGAACUACUACCCAAGUUGUGCUCUACAUUGCUUACGUUGUAUCCGUGCUCUUGGGAAUUGCGGUUAUGGCUUAUAUGCUUUGGUAGACCAUGAAAGUGCAACUACAUUUAUUGCUAAGUGCCUGGACAGUGAUCAGUCACCUCUAGUGGACUGUGCUAUAGAGCUCUUAUCUAGUAUUGCUCUAUGUAAUGCUAAAGGCUACAAAAACGUUCUGGAAGGGCUAACAUUUAGUGCGGAACUUAAUGGGACACCAGACGAACGCUUCAUGCCUUUAGUUAAAGCCCUAGAUUGUCCUGAAGUUGCGCGAGCUUCGUUGCAGUUUAUUAAUGUUCUUGUAAACCGCAGUUGUCUUGAUGAGAACUCUUUUGACAUUGACUACAGAGUGCAUUUACGGUGUGAGUUUAAUAGUUUAGGAAUUAUUGAAAAGCUUAACAAACUUGAAAAUUCAUUGGACGCUGACAUUCAAAAUCACAUAACAAUCUACCGUUCUAGAGCUGAUCAGGACUUGGACGAUGUUUUUGAGCGACUAGAUUCAGUCAAAUGUGAUCUAGAUGAUGCUAACCAGAUUUUUCACAUUCUUCAUCGUACUAUUAUGGGAAGCAAAUCAGAGAAGCACUUUCUGUCAAUACUACAGCAUUUUCUUUUUAUUCGUGAUGAGCCUUAUAGAUUGGCUUACUUUACUCUCCUGGAAGAACUGAUUGGUCAAGUUUUAAUUCAGAAUGAUGGUGUCGAUCCUGAUCCGCACAUGAACAUUCUGCGCUUGGAUGUUGAAAGUACUGUCGCAUUAUUGGUAGAUGCACUAAAGGAAGCUGACGCCUCAACUCGUGUUGAGGAACUUCAAGCUAAGUUAGAUGCUGCUCUUCAAGCUAAAUUAGAGGCAGAAGCCAAGGUGCAAACAUUACAAAGUCAUUUAAGUUCGGGGGACAGGUCUACCAUCAAGCCUACUUCUGGGCUGGAAGGGACACUUAAUUCUGUAAUAGCAACUACUCCUAAUAUCUUACCUCCACCGUCAAGUGCAAGUAUACCACCACCUCCAGGCAUUCCUCCACCGCCACCUAUGGAAGGUGUUCCUCCUCCUCCUCCUCCUCCUCCCCCACCACCACCACCUAUGGGAGGUAUUCCGCCACCUCCACCACCACCCAUGGGAGGUGUUCCGCCACCGCCACCGGGUUUCCAGUCAUCCAAACCUCCUGACGAACUUCCUUUUGGUAUGAAACCAAAAAAGAAAUACACUUUGGAUGUCCCUAUGAAAAAGGCCAAUUGGGAAAAAAUUAAACCCAAUAUGCUUGAUAAAAACUCGGUCUGGGUCCAACUUCAUGAGGAUGAGCUUGAGUACGGUGAUUUGUUAAAAAAUCUUAGUGCUCAAUUUAGCACAAAGCCAGCUAAGGUGAUGGUGUCUGACUCUACAUCAGAUGGCGCAGCUUCAGCUGGGAAUCUACAAGGUAUUCAGUCUCGUAAGACGAAAAAGCUAAGAUAUUUGGACGAUAAAGUGGCUCAAAAUCUGUCAAUUCUUCUGGGUUCACUUAAAGUGCCAUAUGAUGAGCUUCGUCGGCGUAUCUUAACUGUCGAUGAAAGUUUACUCACUCCAAAUAUGUUAGAGCAGCUGGUUAAAGCCCUACCAGAACCACAAGUUAUUUCAAAGAUCAGUUCACUUAAAGAUGAAUAUGAGACACUAGCGGAACCUGAACAAUUUGUGUGCAAAGUUGGCGAUAUUAAGAAACUCAUACCAAGACUAAAUUCAAUCCUAUUUAAAAUGAGGUUCAAUGAGAGACUUAGUGAAGUAAAGCCUGAGAUAGUUGAUGUAGACGAAGCAUUGCAGGAGAUACAUUCCAGCAAACACUUCAAACGUAUAUUGGAAUUGGUUCUGCUGUUAGGCAAUUACAUGAACGCGGGUUCCAGAAAUGCAGAGGCGAUUGGAUUUGAAAUUAGUUUUCUAACUAAGUUAGAAGCGACAAAGGAUGUAUCCAAUUCCCAGACGUUACUUCAUUUUUUGAUUAAUUCUCUUGAUCGAAAAUUCCCAGAAACUGUUAAGGGGUUUCUGGAUGACUUCUCGCAUGUUGAACGGGCUUGCCGUGUCUCUGAGGAUAGUCUAAAAGCUAACAUAGCAGAAAUGAAGAAGUCUGUUUCCAAUAUUGAUACAGACCUAAAGACAUACAAAGCUCAAGACCCUAAUGAUAAUUAUAUUUCUAUAAUGCAGGAUUUCCUUGUAUUCGCUAAAGAACAGAUGUCACAGUUAGAAAUGAUGCACAAACGAAUGCAGGACAAAUUUUUGACCGUUUCUAAAUACUUAGCAUUUGACCCCAACAAAUACCAUAUGGAGAAUUUAUUUUCUGAUUUGAAAGACUUCCAUGUUUCCUUUAAACGUUCUGCUUCUGACCUAGCCAAAAAGCAUGCGUUGGAAGAAAAAAUGAAAAAGGCACGAGAGGAGCAAGCACGCCGUCAGCGUGAACGUGAGGAUAAAGCUAUUUUGAAUAGUGCAGGACCCAGGGCACCUACAGAGGAAGAGGGAAAUGUCAUUGACAAUUUAAUGGAGGCCCUAAAGUCUGGUGCUGCUUUCGCUAAUGGAGGUGAAAGGUCAGUCGUCAGGCGUAAUCGAAAUCGUGUGAGCCCAGCCGCUGCUAGUCUCGCGUCAGUUGCUUCACCAUCGGCUAUUCGACAAAGGCAGUUAAUGCGCGCCAGAUCUCGUAAUUAUGGUGACUUACCUCGUUCAGUUGUCGACGUAGCAUGAAGUACCUAACUCCUUUUUACUCCUCUUCAAAGUUUACUUGUAAAGCGCCUUGAACGUCACCUUAAAGAAAUUUUCAGAAGUGUUUGAUAAAUAAUUUCUAACUGGUCAGAUUCAAACUUGUAUCUUUUUCAUUUUCUUAUUUGUACAGUCUUUCAUAAAUUUCAUACAUAAACUCAUGUUAAUUUUUGCGUAAUCUUGUACGUUUUCAGUGUUUUGCAGUGUGUAGUUUCCGUUAAGAUAUAUAUUAUUCAUACUAAGUAGUUAAUAAUCAAAGCGUGCGUAUUGUCUUGUGAAAGGAAACAACCUAAAUUAUUAGAUCAUUUCUUGUAGGUGUAUUAAACUAAAACUGGUUGCCAACGGCAGAUAGCGAGGAACCACUUUCUGUGUACUUCAAGCCUUCUGUUUAAAGUAAGGUGCGACUAUGAUAAAGUUAAAACAUCCAGUAUGUUUAUUCAUCAGAAAUAUAUAGUCAGUUUGCACC